AUGUCCGACCCGACCGCCUCCGACUUCAGCCAGAUGGGCGAGCUCAGGCUCCACGUCUGGGGCUCAAAUCUGCCCUCGCUCCCCACCCUCGACCCCACCUGCCUCUACGCCGCCUCGAUGCUCCAGCACUCGUUCAGCCUCCGCAGAUCCGACUCGGCCUUUCAGCUCAAGCUCGUCUCGGCGCUGCCCUCGACGCCCUCGGUGCCCUUGCUCGAGGUCGUCUCGCCCUCGGGCCAGGUACAGGUCCUCGACAGCAUCGACGCCGUCCGACGCUUUUGCGUCCAAGAGGCCGGCCUCGACUCGGCCAUCGAGGGCCUCGAGAGCACCUCGGCCAGCUCGGCAGACCACGCCGCCAAGGUGGCCAGGGCCGUCGCCCUCCAUGCCCUCCUCGACGACGAGCUGCUCGACAUCACCCUCCACUCGCUCUUCUCGUUCCCCGACAACUAUCGUACCGUCACCUUCCCCGCCUACGCCAGCGUCGGAAAGCGCGAUCCGGGCAGGGCCGCCGUUUCCUCCUACCUCACCCUCAACCCGUCCUCGAGCAUCCCGGGCCGCCUCCGCAACCUCGUCGAGGCGCGGCUGUCCAACCCCGCCGUCGGUCUGUGGGGCGUGGGCGGGCGCGAGGGUGCAGCGCAGCGCAAGGAGAUCGACGAGAUGACCAGGAAGGCCAACAUCCUGCCGCAGGGCAAAAAGGGCCUCGACGAGCAAAUGAAGGACAAAGUCCGGGACGAGUACGAGCGCGGCAAACUUGUCAACAAGGCCAAGCAGAUCCUCGACAUCUUUGCGGCGGCGCUCGACCAGGAUCGCUGGCUCCUCGGCUCCUCGGCACCGACCGCGCUCGAUCUCCACCUCUACGCCUACCUCGACCCGCUCAUCUCGUGCCGACCGGAGCUGCCGACCGACACCAUCCCUGUCCUGCUUCGCCAGGACUACCCAACUCUCGUCUCGCAUGCGGUCAACGUCCGGCAGCAGCUCUGCCCGGAGGGCGACCGGACCAUGGCGCCAAUGUGGCUCUCGGCAUCCGAGGCGGCGCGCAGCGGCCCUGGUGCUUCCGGAACCUCGUCAUCCAGCUGGUCGCUCGGCAGCCUCUUUGGCUUCGGCGCCACCGACAACGCAUCCAAGGCAAGUGUUCCCCUGUCCUCGUCGCCCGGGACGGCCGCAGGCAGCGCGAGGAGCAGCGAUCUGCGGUCCAAGCCGUCGUCGUCAGGCAAGCCGGCGCUCAGCAGAGAGGAGAGGCGGCUGCGCAUGGGCAGGGCCAUCUGGAUCUGCACCGCCCUCCUCGGCCUCGUCGGCUUCACCUUUGCCACCGGCAUCGAUCGCGGCCAGUGCGCCUCUUCCACGCCGCCGGGUCUCGCCGGCGCGAGUGCGACCUCCCGCUGGCCAGAGGAGACGACGUGUCCGCGCGUCCGCCACAUUGUGACGGGCACGUUCAAUACCGAGGCGCUGUACGUGCUCGGGUACGACAUCCUCGACUCUUCGCUGCGCAUCGAGCAGCGGAUCGACGCCGAGGGGCCGCACCAGUUCCUCGCCCUCGGACGGACCGAGUCGGGCGGCAAGACAAUCUACGCCACGACGUGGGCAAAGAGGAAGAGCCUGAGCGCCUGGAGCGUCGUCGGCGGCGGUGCCGGCAGCGGCGGCAGCGGCCAAGUGGGGCUGCGACACAUCAACACCGUCGACAUCACUGCCACCUCGUCGUACGUGCACGUCCAGCCGCCGCCGUAUGCCUCGUUGACGGCGCCUUCGUACUGCCUGGCGCCGGGGCCUUCGCGCCACCUCUACUCGGCGGGCGGACCGACGGGGGAGCUGCACGCCCUCGACGGCGCGACGGGUGCGAUCCUCGACAAGCGGCAGGAGUACGUCUACCUCGUCGGCGGCGAGGCGGCGCUGGCGGGCGCCGACAAGACGCGCAAGGCGCUGCGGUACGGCGCGCACAACCUCGACUUUGGGCCGCACCGCCUCGCCUACGUCGCCGACCUCGGGCGCAACGCCAUCCUCGUCUACACCUACGACGACGAGGAAGCGGGUACGCUCCGGCUCGUCGAGCAGGUGCAGAGCCCGAGGGAGGGCGACGGCCCGCGCCACGUCGUGCCCUCGCCCGAUGGGCACUGGUUCUUUUCCGUGACGGAGCACACGUCGUACGUCGACGUCUUCCGGAUCCGCGCCGGCUCGCUCGACGGCGACGCGCGGGCAGGGUUGCAGGUCGAGUACGUCGAGUCGCUCGACAUCCUGCCGCCGGGCCGGGAGCGCCACGACUUCCGCGGCGAUACCGUGCGGAUCUCGCCCGACGGCCGUGCGCUGCUGGCCUCGACGCGGGGCAUGACGGCGUCGACGCGCGGUUUCGUGACGGCGUGGCGCCUCGACCUCUCCUCGCCCACGGCCCGCUCCCCCAUCGUCGACGCCGACAGGGCGCUGGAUCGAUACGAGACGAGGACGUCGGGCGGCAAGGCCAACGCCAUCGAGUGGGCGCCCCGGUACCCGCUGGUGCGGCCGGACCUCGGCAGCGCAGCCGAGGCCGAGGCCGAGGCGGGGGAGGGCGAGACAAAGGACCUCGUCAUCCUCACCGACGACCUCGAGGGGUGGGUGGUGGUGCUCGAGUGGGACGGCAGCCGGCUCGUGGAAAAGGCCGACGUCAAGCUGCCGGGUCGCGCAGAGGACGGCGCAGACGAGGGCGCCAGCCACGCCAUCUGGAUCGACUGA